AUGAAUAAAGAAGAAGAAGAAAAGGAAAGUUUGCAGGAGGAUACAGAAGAGGAUACAGAGAAGGAAACAGAGGAGGAUACAGAAGAAUCAAGUUCAGAAGAAGGAGAAAUUAAUACAAAAGGUCAGAAAAAACGAAGGAAUAAACAUGCUCCAAUGGAAGUAACUUCAAAAAAACCUGUUAGUAGGUUUAGACAAAUAGUGGAGAUUUCAAAUUCUGUUAAACAUAGAAGAGAUCCUAGAUUUGAUAGUUUAUCAGGAAAGUUUAAUGAGGAUUUAUUUGAAAAAUCAUAUUCAUUUUUAGAUGAAUAUAAAAAAUCAGAAAUUGAACUCAUAACCAAUGAAAUUAAAAAAGAAAUUGAUGAGAAAAAUCUGGAACUUAUUGAUAAGUUUGAUAAAUUACAAAAUUCUGAUCCUAAAGUAUUAGAAAAAGUAAUAGAAAAACGUAGGAAAAAGAAUGCUUCAAAAGAACAUAAACGUGUACCAUUCAAACGAAGAAAGAUUGCUUAG